AUGCUGGUGAGUCUAUGGCAGGCGGGGGGCACCCUGCUGGAGGAGGCUGUGGGAGACAGCUUGGCUUCGAAGGUGCUCCUUCCCUGCACCUUCCUCCUCACCCUGGCCUAUCUGUCCAAGCUGGCCUUCAAGCAUCUCAGCACGGUGGAAGCCGAUAAUGUGAAAUAUCCACCAUACAUUUCAUCUCCGAUUCCCUUCCUGGGACAUGCCAUUGCUUUUGGGAAGAGUCCGAUUGAAUUUCUAGAAAAAGCUUAUGAGCGGCACGGACCCGUCUUCAGUUUCACAAUGGUGGGAAAAACCUUCACCUAUCUAGUAGGCAGUGAUGCUGCUGCGUUGCUCUUUAACAGCAAGAAUGAAGACCUGAAUGCUGAGGAUGUGUAUUCCCGUCUGACCACCCCUGUGUUCGGGAAAGGAGUCGCUUACGAUGUCCCAAACCCGAUCUUUUUGGAACAGAAGAAAAUGUUUAAAACUGGUCUGAACAUCGCUCAUUUCAAAACCCACGUGAGAAUGAUUGAGGAGGAGACCAUUGAAUACUUCAAGCGUUGGGGAGAUAGCGGUGUCAGAAAUCUGUUUGAGGCUCUGUCAGAGCUGAUCAUCCUGACCGCCAGCCGGUGUCUACAUGGGAAGGAGAUCCGCAGUAUGUUAGAUGAACGGGUGGCCCAGCUGUACGCUGAUCUGGAUGGAGGCUUCACGCACGCAGCCUGGCUCCUCCCUGGCUGGCUGCCACUGCCCAGCUUUAGACGCCGAGACCGAGCACACCUUGAGAUCAAGAAAAUCUUCUACCAGGUGAUCCAGAAACGCCGCCAGUCCGAGGAAAGGGAGGACGACAUGCUGCAGACAUUAAUAGAUGCAACCUACAAGGAUGGUACCUCUCUGACGGAUGAUGAGCUAUCCGGAAUGCUCAUUGGUCUCUUACUGGCAGGACAGCACACGUCUUCCACCACCAGCGCCUGGAUGGGAUUCUUCCUCGCCAAACACAAGUCUAUCCAGGAUCAGUGCUUUGCAGAGCAGAAGGCCAUUUGUGGAGAAGACUUCCCACCCCUGAACUACGACCAGCUUAAAGACUUGCAGGUCCUGGACCGCUGCAUCAAAGAAACCCUGAGAUUAAGACCACCUAUAAUGACUAUGAUGAGAAUGGCCAGGACACCACAGACUGUGGCCGGGUAUGACAUCCCACCAGGUCACCAGGUCUGCGUUUCUCCCACCGUAAACCAUCGGCUGAAGGACACCUGGGAAAAAAAACACAGACUUCAACCCUGACCGAUACCUUCAUGAGAAUCCUGCUGCUGGAGAGAAGUUUGCAUAUGUUCCUUUUGGAGCCGGUCGUCAUCGGUGUAUUGGGGAGAAUUUCGCUUACGUCCAGAUUAAAACAAUUUGGUCAACAAUGCUCCGGUUGUACGAGUAUGAGCUGGUGGAUGGCUAUUUCCCUACGAUCAACUACACGACAAUGAUCCAUACACCCAACAACCCGAUCAUCAGAUACAAGAGGAGGAAACUGUGA